GAUAUAUAUAAUGUGUUUGUGUGUGUGUGUGUGUGUAUGUGUGUGUGUGUGUGUGCUGGCACAUACAUUUAAUGAUAACGUGCUGCACUUUAUCUUUAAUUCUCAUUCCAUUUAGCUAAAAAGACUUUAUUUUUUACAAUUCAUUUUAUAAUUUUACAUAAGAAACUCCGAGAAGAUGGCCUCAUUAGCAAAACAGCCACAGAAGCAACUUACACUAAAGGUAGAGAUUGCAGGUGUGUACUGUCACGCCUGGUUUAAGGAACCUCAUUUUAUUUUGUAAUUUUUUCCUUAUUAGUUCUGUGAGAAUUUCAUAUAGUAUGUUUCAAUCAUAAUCUCACCUUCUCCUUUUCCUCCCAGAUCCAACCCCCUCUUUUCCUGCUCUCUCUCUCUCUCUCUCUCUCUCUCUCUCUCUCUCUCUCUCUCCUUAAAACCCAUCAAAUAUAGUUUCUGUGCCUCAUAUACUCCUAGAUGUAUAGCCCCUUCCUGAAGGAUAAUUAACCCAUCAGGGGCUGUAACCUUAAAGAAAACUGACUCUCCUCCCAGCAGCUAUAGAUUGCCAGGGGUGGGACCUGAUACCCAACUCCCGUCACCAUGCUGAGGUCUGGGCUGGCUUGAGCUUGUGCCGAUCUUGUACAUAUAGAUCUUGUGCAUUCUCAACUGAUGUGAAUCCAUAUGUGCAACUGCCCUGCUAUAUCCAGGCAACAUUAUUUCCUUAUAUCCAUCCUCUGCCUCUGACUCCUACAGUCUUUUAUCCCCGCUUCUGCUAUGACCCUAUAACCCUGGGAGGAGGGGAUAUGAUGUAGAUGUCAUGUUUAGGGCUGAGAAUCCCAGUCUCUUACUCUCUGCACCAUGAACAGUUGUGGGUCUCUGUUAAUUGCCGUCUACUUCUGAAAGAAGCAUCUCUGAUGAGGGCUGAGACGUGCAUCUAUGGGCAUCAUGAUAAGUCACUAGGAACACUUUAAUACUGUGUUCACUUAGUAGAGUAAUAGUAGUAAGCUCUCCCCUGGGGCCUAUGACCUGUCUAGCUACAGGUUCUUAAGAUUGAUAACAGUACCAGGGAAGGGUUUGAACUUGUAGAGCAGGCCUUAAAUCUACACAGAAGGUGGUUGGUUACUCCCAUGACGGUUGAGCCACUACUGGACCAGUGGACAUGCCUUGCCAGGGUUCACAGCUCAAUGAGAUUGGUGAUUCCUUUUCUCUGGUCGCAUGCAUAGAGCAUCCCAGUGUUCUGGAAGUAGGAAUGAAGAGUCCAAGUGAGUACCAACCUGAUGGCCUCCCUGUUCUAUGACUCAGGUGUGUGGCAUAACAAGUGGAAAGCCUGGUGCUGAGAAUGGGUUACCUCUUUUGGAGUUGUUGGCAAGUGAGUUCCCACAGAUGCCCAAACAUGUCCUGUUGCCAGUGGUUGCUCCCUGGAGCCCACUGCCCGGAUGCCAGGCUUUGGAGCUUUGUAGAAGAGCUUGAUAAUGCCUCACCUCAAAAGGCAGAAGUUGUCUGGUAAGCUGAAGAGGCAGACCUACGCAUGAAGACCAUCUUGUUUCUGAUGUGUGCUUUGAUCUGUCCAGACUUCCAUUCCUCACUGACAUCCGUUCACCCAUAAUAGCCUAAGUCAUAUCAAACCUUGCACCAUCUAACCUGCAACAGGAAAAGCCUGUUUCCUGGAUAUAUAACUCUAUUUUUAAAGCUUGUAAAAGUUGCUGUCUUCCCUAUAUAUUUAAUUCUGUUUUAUCUUGUUCUUUUAGCUUUGAGGCCACAGGAAAAUACUGAGUUUCUUUAAGUUCCAAGAUUGCCAGUUGUCGUAUCCUAGGCAGCUCGGGUUCCAGAACCCUGGCUAGGGGUGGCGGGGGAAUGAGGAAAGGAGACACAUGCAUGGAGAACAUGUACUGUGAAGCACACAUGCACAGAUAACAUGUACCAUGAAGCACAUGCACAGGUAACAUACUGUGAAACACACAUGCACAGAUAACAUGUACCAUGAAACACACAUGCACAGGUAACAUGUACCAUGAAACACAUGUACAGAUAACAUGUCCUAUGAAGCACACAUGCACAGAUAACAUACCGUGAAACACACAUGCACAGAUAACAUGUACCAUGAAGCACACAUGCACAGAUAACAUGUCCUGUGAAGCACACAUGUAGAGAUAACAUGUCCUGUGAAGCACACAUGCACAGGUAACAUGUCCUGUAAAACACACAUGCACAGAUAACAUGUACCAUGAAACACAUGCACAGGUAACAGGUACCAUGAAACACACAUGCACAGAUAACAUGUACCAUGAAGCACACAUGCACAGAUAACAUGUACCAUGAAACACACAUGCACAGAUAACAUGUACCAUGAAGCUCACAUGCACAGAUAACAUAUACUGUGAAACACACAUGCACAGGUAACAUGUCUUGUGAAGCUAGGAUCAGCUGGCUCUGUGACCACUGCCACCAUCACAACCCAGAACCUCAGAACGUUUAUUAGCACAGUAGGAGGAGUUAGCUACUCUUAGUCUCUAGUCUCAUCUCUUAGACAUCUGGAGGAGGAAGCUGCAGUGGCUGGUCUUUGCACACACUGAUCAGUUACUCAUAAGUACUCGUAUUCAGGCUCCCGAGGAGAGCUUUGCCAUUCCUCUGGAGCCUGACCCAUAUGGGUAACAGCUUUGCCAAAUUAUGACAAGACAGUUGGCUUUGGAGUUGUUGACAGGCUGUGCCCAUCCGAACACACAUUCACUCACAACCUCCAGUCCCUACAGCCAAUCAUGUGACACCUGCUUUGACUCCUCACUGUCCAACAUCACCGAAUGCACUCAGGACACUUCUAAUUGUUAAAAUUCACUAGGUGACUUUCGGGUCAACAGGUCCGUCCUUCCAGGAGGCUUCUCAACCAGCUCAGCCUGUCUGAGAUCUGCCUUGCCUUGCUCAAAUUCUAAGGCAUGAGCCGUACCCACAACAUAAGAGGAAAAGUCAGAUUGCUCACACGUAAGAUCCUGAUUUCACAAGCUGUUAUUAUCAGGUGAAAAUUGGGUCAUCUAUGUUCUCCCUUGUGUCCUGAUGUGAAAUCGUUAUGAUUUCCAGAUCAUUGCUUAUUAAAGUAAAGAACAUUUGUAUACAGGUGGUUAUUAAGAGUAUACAUUUUAUAGUUGCACAGGUCACUAGAAUAUUCGCUGACUCACAAAGAGUUCAGUGAGUAGGGGAACUUGGCCCUGCACAUGCUAGGUUAAGUGCGCUUCCACUGAGCUAUCUUCCUAGCCAGCAUUCAGUGUAUGGUGAAAGCCAGUUUGAGUUCAGUCCUGAGGUCCUACCACUGUCCUUCCUCUGAUGUUACCUUUAUUUCAGAAAAGAUUUAUAUCAUGUUUGUCUCAUAAAGACAGUAAUACAGGGUCUUUGUUGGUGUUUCUAUUGCCAUGACCAAAAGCAGUGUGGGAAGAAAAGGGCUUAUUUCAGUACAGUCCAUCACUGAGGUAAAUCAUAGCAGGAAUCUGGAGGCAGGAGCUGAUGCAAAGCCACGGAGGGUGCUGCUUACUGGCUUGCUCAGUCUGCUGUUUCAUAGUACCCAGACCCAUCAGCCUAGGGAUAGCCCCACCCACAAUGGGCCCAUCAAUCACUAAUUAAGGAAAUGAGCUAUAUAGGCUUGCCUAUAGUGUGAUUUUUAUGGAAGCAUUUUUUUUUAAUUGAGGUUUCAGAUGACUCUAGCUUGUGUUAAGAUGACAUAAAACUAGCCAGGAUAGUCAGUUUCUCAUGAACUAUAAUUUAAAAUGAUGAGACAUUUCAAUAAGGCUGAUACAUUUUUUAAAGGAUUUUUUAUUACAUUUUGUUUUUUUAACAUUUCAAAUGUUAUCCCCUUUCCUGGUUUCCCCUCUGAAAACCCCCACCCCUUUCCCCCUCUCCCUGCUCACCAACCCACCCAAUCCCGCUUCCUGGCCCUGGCAUUCCCCUACACUGGGGUAUAGAACCUUCACAGGACCAAAGGCCUCUCCUCCCAUUGAUAACCGACUAGACCAUCCUCUGCUACAUAUGCGGCUAGAGCCAUGAGUCCCAACCAUGUGUUUUCUUUGGUUGGUGGUUUAGUCCCAGAGAACUCUGGAGGGUACUGGUUAGUUCAUAUUGUUCUUCCUAUAGGGUUGCAGACCCCUUCCGCUCCUUGGGUACUUUCUCUAGCUCCUUCAUUGGGGACCCCGUGCUCCGUCCAAUGGAUGGUUGUGAGCAUCCACCUCUGUAUUUGUCAGGCACUGCAGAGCCUCUCAGGAGACAAGGCUGCUAUUUUUAAAAUGCAUGUAAGAUUUAAGUCUCACAACCAAAAAGUGACCUUUUUUUGGUGAGAGUGUCCUUGGGAAGGUUAAUACAGAGCAAGGUGCCUUUUGUGUUUCACUGACUCCCCACAAAACUUUAACUGCUAUAUUCCUUUUAUUGCAGAGGAAAGCUGGGAUUGGGCAACUCAGGGCUACCUGGAAUCACCAAGUGCGACCAUAAGACUUUACCCGCUGAACUCUACACAGGCGCUUCCAUUGAGAUUUUUUUAAAUUGCAUUUUGUUUUUUGUUUUCAAAACCAAUAGUCCCAGGAACUAUCUGAUGUUCAUAUGGCAGGCACGAAUUUGAAAGGGAUCCUACCUUGAGCUGAUGAAUGACAGAGCAGAUCGUAUUGACGGCAGUGAGAACUUCCUUGGUCACUUGGUUGAUUACUCCCUAGAAAAACUUGACCUUUGAUGGCAUCUAAGUGACUGCGCUGUCUUUUAAGAUCAACUUUCUGCAACUGGCAUAAUCUCCAAACUUGAGGCGAAAUUUACAAGCCAACCAUUGGCUCCCCCUCACCAACUUGCUAAGCAAGAGCUCCGCUGCUGCUCUGUAUGUAGUGCCUCGCCCACAGUCUGCCUCCAGGAACAGGCUCUCGUUUGUACAGUCCAGGCUGACCAGGUGCUUUUGGAAAAAAAAAAAUCCCACAAUUUUGGUGUGAGAAAGGACAUGAGGAGACUACAGGCCUGGGAUCUUCCCGAUCAGAAUGAAACCCAUGUUGAAAGACUUUUCAAAUCUCUUGCUGGUGGUGCUCUGUGACUAUGUCCUCGGAGAAGCCGAAUACCUCCUCCUCCAAGAGCCAGUCCAUGUGGCACUGAGCGACAGAACGGUGUCAGUGGGUUUCCACUACCUCAGUGACGUCAACGGGACACUGAGGAAUGUGUCUGUCAUGCUGUGGGAGGCCAACACCAAUCGGACUCUUACCACUAAGUACCUCCUGACCAACCAGGCCCAAGGAACACUCCAGUUUGAAUGUUUCUACUUCAAAGAGGCUGGUGACUACUGGUUUGUAAUGAUCCCGGAAGUGACAGACAAUGGCACGCAAGUUCCACUCUGGGAGAAAAGUGCCUUUCUGAAGGUAGAAUGGCCUGUCUUUCACAUUGAUUUAAAUAGGACAGCCAAGGCAGCAGAAGGCACCUUUCAAGUGGGUGUUUUUACCACCCAACCGCUCUGCCUGUUUCCCGUGGACAAGCCAGACAUGCUGGUGGAUGUUAUUUUCACUGACCGUCUUCCGGAGGCAAGAGCAAGUUUGGGACAGCCGCUGGAGAUCAGAGCCAGCAAAAGGACAAAACUCACUCAAGGUCAGUGGGUCGAGUUUGGCUGUGCACCGGUAGGGGUGGAAGCCUACGUUACAGUCAUGCUGAGGCUGUUGGGUCAAGACUCAGUCAUUGCUUCUACGGGACCUAUUGACCUGGCUCAAAAAUUCGGAUACAAAUUGAUGAUGGCACCGGAAGUCACGUGUGAGUCUGUGCUGGAGGUGAUGGUACUGCCACCUCCUUGUGUCUUCGUCCAAGGAGUCCUGGCUGUUUACAAAGAAGCCCCCAAACGCCCGGAGGAGAGGACUUUCCAGGUGGCUGAAAACAGACUGCCCCUGGGAGAGAGGAGAACGGUGUUCAACUGCACUUUAUUUGAUGUAGGGAAGAACAAAUACUGUUUUAACUUUGGAAUUGUGAAGAAAGGCCAUUUUUCUGCAAAGGAAUGCAUGCUAAUUCAGAGAAAUAUAGAAACUUGGGGACCAUGGCAGCCGUGGAGCCCGUGUAGCACCACGUGCGGGGAUGCUGUCCGAGAGCGUCGCCGCCUGUGUGUCACUUCUUUCCCCUCCAGACCCAGCUGCUCUGGAAUGUCCUCAGAGACCUCUCCAUGCUCCCUGGAGGAGUGUGCUGUUUUCCGGCCACCAGGCCCAUCGCCUGUUUCACCCCAGGACCCUGUGAAGUCCAACAACGUGGUGACCGUCACAGGGAUCUCCCUGUGCCUGUUCAUCAUCUUUGCCACGGUGCUCAUCACUCUCUGGAGGAGGUUUGGCCGAGCCCCCAAAUGCAGCACGCCCGUUCGCCACAACUCCAUCCAUUCCCCUGGCUUCCGGAAGAACUCCGAUGAAGAGAACAUCUGCGAGCUGAGUGAGCCUCGCGGAAGCUUCUCGGAUGCCGGUGACGGACCUAGGGGAAGCCCAGGGGACACGGGCAUCCCAUUGACUUACAGGUGCAGUGCAUCAGCGCCUCCUGAGGAUGAGGCCUCGGGCAGUGAGAGCUUCCAGUCCAACGCUCAGAAGAUCAUCCCGCCCUUGUUUAGCUACCGCCUUGCCCAGCAGCAGCUGAAGGAGAUGAAGAAGAAAGGGCUGACCGAGACCACCAAAGUGUACCACGUAUCUCAAAGCCCCCUGACAGACACUGUAGUGGAUGCCACGGCCAGCCCUCCCUUAGACCUGGAAUGCCCCGAAGAGGCUGCAGCAAGCAAGUUCCGAAUCAAAUCUCCAUUUCUGGACCAGCCUGGGGCAGGUACCGGGGAAAGGCCUCCCUCCAGGCUGGAUGGCAUCGUGCCUCCUCCUGGCUGUGCGGUCAGUCCCAGCCAGACCCUGAUCCGAAAGUCACAGAUAAGGUCGACCGGUGGCAGAGAUGGCUCAUCGGAGAGGUGCCACUCCAGAAGUUCCCUCUUCAGGAGGACUGCUAGUUUUCAUGAAACCAAGCAGUCUCGCCCUUUCCGGGAGAGGAGUUUGUCAGCCCUGACUCCCCGCCAGGUCCCCGCCUACAGUUCCAGGAUGCGGACCUGGGACCAGAUGGAGGAUAGAUGUCGGCCUCCCAGUCGAAGUACCCACCUGCUUCCAGAGAGACCAGAGCACUUCCAAGGGGCAGGUCGGACCAGCAGUCCUUUGGGUCCACUCUCCAAAUCCUACACUGUGGGGCAUCCCAGGAGGAAACCGGACCCAGGGGAUCGUCAGGCCGGAUUGGUGGCAGGAGCUGAGAAAAUGGAGCCUCACCGAGCUCACAGGGGACCGUCCCCCAGUCACAGGAGUGCCUCAAGGAAGCAGUCUUCCCCCAUUUUCCUCAAAGAUAGCUACCAGAAAGUCAGUCAGCUUAGCCCUUCUCACUUCAGAAAAGAUAAAUGCCAGAGCUUCCCCAUCCACCCCGAGUUCGCCUUCUAUGACAAUACCUCUUUCCGCCUCACCGAGGCUGAGCAGAGAAUGCUGGACCUCCCAGGAUACUUCGGCUCCAACGAAGAGGACGAAACCACAAGUACACUCAGUGUGGAGAAGUUAGUGAUCUAGGCUAGGAAGCAGCAGGGUUCACCCAGGGUCCUUCACCCCUCUGGCAAUAUCCCCUGCUCACAUACUUUCUGUGGGCUGCACUGUACAACCGUGGGAAUUAGUUCACCCAGAUUAUAUGUGUGCGCGCGCAUGUGGUUUUGAUUAAUCAGGAAGAAGUGGUUUAUGCUGAAUUUUCCUCUCUGUUAUCCCUUUUCUAUUGGCUUGUUACUACUAAUAAAAUUUAAAGAAGGCAAAUUUAUGAUGCAUUUUGAACACGACACUGGAUGUUUCCAACUUAGGACUCUGGGAUCUUUUCCCAAGAGGGAGGAGUCUCCAAAUGGCUGAUGUGUAUGCAAACCAUUAUGCGCAGAGCUUGCAUCUUGCUUCCUUGUAAAGUAGGAACCAAACACAGGAGCCUAAACAUGGGGUUGCUUCUUUUGAAGUGUGUUACCAAGGUACCAAGUGGCAUAAAGCCUUUCUGCCCAGUGGCCUAAAGACUAAUCAGCAUACACGUAAAUAGCUACAAGCUCAAGGCGACCUCCAACAACCACACCCAUCCUGCCUUUAGAUUGAUUUCCUUCUUUUAGAGUUUAUCAGGAUGUCGGGCAGCUGGGGAGGUUUCAGAUAGGGGGAAAUCACAAAUGUAAACACGGGAGUUUCAAAAGUUCAUAUUUGUUCAACUGUCACUUGUGACUUUUUGUUUUUAAAUUAAAAUGUGCUUCCUUUGGAACCGUUCUCAGUGAUGACUGCCUGCUCUUCAGGAACAGGACGGGUGGAUUGUCCAGAGCCCUCUGACAGCUGCUACUCGUGGAUGAAAGGAGAGCCAGGCUUGCUACUCUCCAGUUUCUUUAUUUAUCUCACCAGAAAGCUUUCUUCUUUAUCCAAGUUCACAGGCCUGUGGGCCAGCCUUUGACACAGAGGGCACAUGAUCGCUUGUUCCAGACUUCCCAGAGAUUUACCCAGCACCGUCAGUCUGAGACCAAAACAGCUUUGGGGAAGUGGGAAUUCAUGAGGAACACUAUGAGCUGAGAGCCUUCCUGUUAAGUGAUGCUCACUGUCUACCCAGGCCAGUGUUCUGGGGCUGUCACUAACAGUGACACCCCCCCCCCACCUCCGAGGGAGAAAAGAUGCUUUAUCACAGUUUUUAAUGCGUGAGUUAUAAUUUUCAGUAAACAGAUUUUCUGUAUCGUACCUCCAUGUCUCCAUGUUCUAGUCCCGGUAUCUGCUAUAGAAUGGAGGCUCAAUAAAGACAGUGAGUGGCCAGCUAGUACAAUGCCUUUAAACCAGUUGUGGUUGAAUUAGAAUGAUUUUUAAUAAUACUUUACAUUGUAGAUCAUUAUAAAGGAAAUGUGUUUAUGAGACAUUAUGAGAUUUCAGUUCAUACAGGUCUCACAAACAUGUUUUUUGUUUUGUUUUAUUUUGUUUUGUUUUGUUUUUUGGUGUCACCAAUUCGUGUGUUCCCAAUCAUCCUGCGAACAAUCAGUUAUGCUUGGCCAGCGUUUUGCUGGCUCCGUGUUUCAGAUUAUCUUAGUAUAUGUAACUUCAUGGAUCUGGGUAAGCUCGACACACUUAGAUGUUUAUUGUCUGUGUCCCCACCAGUUGUGACUCCCUGCAAUGUGUCUGUGUUCACCUUGCUGAAAAGAAGUGUUCUUUCUAAAUAUAGUUUUUAAUCUAAAAAUUUAAAAUUAGCGUGUAUUUCAGAACUUUACACAAGUACUAUAUUUACAUUGUUCCCACCCCUCUCUAAUUACUCCCUCUCAAAUUCACAACUGUGUAUGUGUGACUGUGUGUGUGUGUGUGUGAGAGAGAGAGAGACUGUAUGUAUGUGAUGUAUAUGUGGGUGUGACUGUGUGUGGGUGUGACUGUGUGUGUAUGUGACUGUGUGUGUGUGUGACUGUGUAUAUAUGAUUCUGUGUGUGUGACUGUGUAUAUGUCACUGUGUAUAUGUGACUGUGUGUGUAUGUGAAUGUGUGUAUGUGACUCUGUGUGUGAGACUGUGUGUAACUGCAUGUGUGUGUGACUGUGUGUAUGUGACUCUGUGGGGUGUGUGACUGUAUGUAUGUGACUGUCUAUGUGUGUGUGGCAGUGUGUAUGUGACUAUGUGUGUAUGUGACUGUGUGUGUGUGUGACUCUGUGUGUGUGACUCUGUAUGUGUGAAUGUGUGUAUGUGACUCUGUGUGUGUGUGAGAUUGUGUGUAUGUGACUGUGUAUGUUACUCUCUGUGUGACUGUGUAUAUGUGACUCUGUGUGUGUGGCUGUAUGUAUGUGACUAUAUGUGUGUGACUGUGUGUUUGUGACUGUAUGUGUAUGUAUGAAUGUGUAUAUGUGACUCUGUGUGUAUGACUGUGUGUAUAUGGCUGUAUGUGUGUGUGUGGCUGUAUAUGUGACUGUGUAUGUGACUGUAUGUGUAUGUAUGAAUGUGUAUAUGUGACUCUGUGUGUAUGACUGUGUGUAUAUGGCUGUAUGUGUGUGUGUGACUGUAUAUGUGACUGUGUGUAUGUGACUGUGUGUGUGACUGUGUGUAUGUGACUGUAUGUGUAUGUGUGAAUGUGUGUAUGUGACUGCAUGUGUGUGUGUGACUGUGUGUAUGUGACUGUGUGUGUGUGAGACUGUGUGUAUAUGACUCAGUGUGUGAGUGUGAGACUGCAUGUAUGUGACUGUGUGUAUGUGACUAUGUGUGUGUUUGUGUGUGUGUGUGUGUGUGUGUGUGCGACUGGCCACUUGAGAUUGAAUUGAAACCUACCCCCAGGAGAAAAGCCCUCCCCCCUCAGCUGCUAUCAGUUGCCUGGAGCUCUUUCUCUAGAGUUGGGACCUUGUGCAAUUCCCCCGUGUCCUCUUGGCAUGUUGUCUAGUGUUAUUGCAACACAGGCCUUUUUGGCCAACUGUAUUGUUGAGAUGUCAUGGUUUCGACUUCUUAUUGGAUUUUGGCACUCACCUCUCCUUACCCAGGACUCUCCCAGGCUGGCCCUUCCUUCCACCCAGCCACCACCCACAAGGUAGAAGAUUCUUAAGCAUGGGAUUUUCAGCUCUUUGACUGUGAUCCUUCUAGAAAUCUUUGAACUGGUAAUCCAACUGCAGACCCCUAACCAUCUUUUUGCUCUCCCGAAACAGUUCUAUAUAUGGUAUAGCACCGACACGCAGCUGCCCCCCAAAGCUGGAAACUUGGAAGAGUCACUUUGGACUUGGUUUUGCCAUGUCUGUGCGGCUAGUAACCAUCAGACUGUGCUGAUAUGCUCUCUGCUUUCUCUGAUCCAGGUGUACAGCAUAUCACCCUUUUUCUUUAUUAAAUGCUAUUUGAGAAUGUUG